AUCUGCAAACAAAAAACGCACAUAACCGUUAGUUUGAAUAACUUUAGUUUAAAGUAUAUAUUGUUUAGUGAACAAGCACUAUAAAUCACUUUUACUUGCUUAAAAUUUUCUAAUGAAGAAACGUGUAAGUAUGCGGAAACACUUACUGCCAAACUGGAUCGUCAGCACGACAUUUAUUUUGUGUUAAUGUACAUGUUCAAAUUCAACUUGAAUAUUUCGGAUUGGUUGGUUCCAAUACUCCCGCUUUGAUAGGUUUGGGUAUUGUAUAAUCACCUCUAAGCCUGGUUGUGCGCUUUCUAAUUGUCUUUUGGAAGGUUUUAUUAUAUGCAGGUUCUUAACUUCAGAUCCACCCCCCCCCCCCUAAAUUCAAGUUUGUUUAGUCCUGCCCGUUGUUUUCUCGUUUAGGGCAAACCCAUUAUUUUGAUACGGAGCUAUACGCCACUUUUCAUGGAAUUGCAAACUGUAUCAUUGAAGAUUCCAUGUACACCGCCGUAUGAGUGUCUCUAAAUUUAAUUUCGGUACUUGUAAUAUGUGUAAAUGUCGAGUUCUGCUCAACCCUGCUAGAGGUUGUGAACGGUAGCUUGAAUUUCCGCUACCGUCCACAAACAGGCCCAAUAGUAUUUUUUAUCUAUGUCGCUUAAGGCGACCUGUGGUUUUCCACUUUUUCUAUUUUAGAACUUAAGUGUAAGAUGUUGUCCGGACAUCAUUUUAAGACGUUGUUAGAAUAAAAAAAUUAACAUAAAUUUUGUAAAGGAUGCAAGUUGUAUCCUAUAAAAUAAAUAAUUAUGUUUUCUAAGUCUAUACUACUUAUAAGAGGAAACUUAGCAUGAAACCUAUGAACUUUUGUGGGCCCCAAAAUGUCCCCAAAAUGUCGGGCACAAACUCCCACCUACUGUUUUGAAAUAAAAGAAAUCUAGAGUUGUGUGGUACAUGAUAGGUAAUAAAUCGAUAUUAAGAAUUAUUAAAUGCGAGCGUUUCAACACGUUGUUAUAAAAUCACUAGUGAUAAUAAAGUCAAGGACCAAUAAAACAGCAUAAUCGUGGUCAUAUUUUAUAGAUUUUAUCAAAUGUUUACCAUUUUAACAUUUUAAUCCUGGAUUUCAAACUCUGCCUAACCAUCUUAUUUGAAGCUUCCUUUUUAUAAUGGACUUUGUUGCACUUUGAUUCAUAUUCAUGUUUACAAUAUUAGCCUCGUUCUGAUAAUUCAAUAGCUACCAUAUCAUAUAACACUGAACACCGACCUUAAUUGGUUUUCGAACUGACUACUAGACAUUUGUUCGUCCAGACACAAAUUAAUUAAGCAGUGUUUUGGCUUUAAAAGAAAACAAUGAAAUGGGUUAUAUCUGACAGAAGAACGCGCUUUGUUUGAUGGCAAUAGUUUAUUCAAGAUAUUUUUGCAUCAAACCGACACUAGAUGGCGACUUUCCAGCUUUUGAGUGUGUAAGAAGACCGCAAGGGCCCACUAACCUUCCAUAAGCCAGCUGGAUUGCGCCCUCAUAUGAAAGCAUUCUACAUCUAAAGCGAGGCUUCAAACCCACAGCAGUGAGAGCAAUAUUUCCAAGAAAUGACAACAAAUGGCGGGUCCAGGUAGUUCUGAAAACUCAAAUGUACCUGUAUAUGAAGAAGAACAAUUUGUGACUGCAUUCAGAGACCACGGUAUCGCUGGCAUUCAGAGGUAUGCCUCGGAAAGACUUGAUGCAUGGCGACAUAUCCCAUUGGAUAUUGCAGUAACCGGGCAAUCAGGGGCUGGGAAAUCUAGUUACAUCAAUGCUGUCCGCCGGCUAAAAGUUGGACAGGAAGGAGCCGCGUACACAGACGUAAAGGAAGCCACGAAAGAAAUCCGAUCCUAUAAACAUCCUUCAAAUAAAAACAUUGUAUUUUGGGAUUUACCUGGAGUUGGUACUGAAAAUUUUAAACGAGAAAAUUAUCUUGAUAAAGUUAAUCUUAAAAAGUAUGAUUUUUUCAUCAUACUGUCUUCGGAGCGGUUUUCUGAAAAUGAUGGUUGGUUGGCUAAAGAAAUAAAACAGAUGGGGAAAAGGUUUUACUUUGUCCGCACAAAAGUGUUCGUGGAUAUUUAUACUGAACCACUAAGUAGGGAAACUCCACGCCAAAGGGAAGAAAUAUUGGACACGAUUUUAAUCGAUUGUAUAGAAAACCUUUCAAAGCAUGAGCUGCCUGACAGUGAUGUUUAUUUAAUUGAUAACUUUAAACCAGAUGACUUUGAUUUCAAUAACCUACAGGCAAAGAUUAUCGAAGACGCACCGCAGCUGAAAAGAGAAGCCAUUGCAUUCUCGCUCUCUGGUCGUACAGAUAAAAUUAUUGAACAGAAAAAGAAAGAACUUGAAAGAAGAAUUCCAAUGAUUGCCAUAGCAUCUGCUGUAGCUGGUGCCGUUCCUAUACCCGGCUUGGGUACAUCUGUCGACGUUGCUUUGUUGGUUAAAGAAACAUGGUUCUAUAAGGAGCAGUUCGGUUUAACCGAUGAGGCAAUACAAAAGAGUGCACAAAUGUUAGGUAUGCGCGAAGAAGAACUGAAGCAGAAGCUCGAUCUGAAAACAUUUCUGAUAAAUUGCACAACGAAAGGAAUAAUAGUUUUCUGCAGGGAGAUGGCGGUUAAAGAAGUGGCUGCUGAAGCCGUAAAAUUCAUUAUUCCAAUUAUAGGCAGCGUAGUGUCAGGGGCAUUAUCAUACAAGACAACAUCCUAUUGCCUACGGAAUAUUCUGGAGGAAAUGUAUCAAGAUUCCGUGAAGAUAAACACGAAGUUCAGCACACACUUAGCACAGGCCACUGCAGUGUAGUCUAGCAAAUGGUCUCACUGCCUCAAUAACGACCCGGUGUUAUGUAACUAUACAACGAAGAAAAAAAUAUAAGGCAUGUUAAGUGUAUUAGUGCGCAAAUUAUUAAUAUCGCAGUAAGAAGAAAACUCCUAUGCUUGAGGAUUUCAAUUUUAUCAUCGUACAUUUCGUAUUACAGAAUGUUUUCCGUGCAUUAUAUAGCCUAGGAAAUAUGACAGAGGAAAAAAGUAAGAUAUCAUUGUCAAGACAGUGUACUUACUUUCCUAAGCAUAUGGAUAUGAUGUCAUAUUGGGUCAUUUAGGUCGGAUAGAAUAUAGUAUAUUGUAUAACAUAUAUUUUCAUGAUAUAUAUUAACAUUUAGAAUGAUGACGAAACUGUAUUUCAUAUAUGACCGAAGGGAUAUUUAAGAAACCUACCAGUGUGCUUAUCAGAAAAGUCAUAUUCUCAUAUUCCGAAAAAAAUUCCGGGAAGCUUAACUUCUAAGUGCUCGAUGAUUCCGCUUUUGUGCUUUCAAUACUCAAUAAACCUACUUGGUGAGCAUCUGUCAGUUUUACCAAUAUUUUCUUGUUUACAUUGGUAGAUCAUACUGCAUUGCUCUUCUAUUCAGCCAUUCUCCUCUACAACAUGGGAAACAAUGAAAAACAUAUAUCAUUUUUAUAUUAAAGGGGAAUAUUCAACAUUUGACAAUGUAUGUAUUUAGAAAGAGUUUAAUGAAAAAAAAAUAACUGGCGAAAUAUGUGUGAAAAUAGUAACAAAAAGAUAUGGCAGUUUACAUGUUAUCUAUUUAAUGAAACGGCAGCCAUUUUGGGCACAGUGACAUCAUUGUUCUUUCCUUAUAUAGGCAUUAACAAAUAUGGUAUUCAUUGCAAACAUAUGUAAAAUACAAUUAAAGAUGGAGCUUAAAUUUAAGGUAUACACUUUCGCAUACACACUGAAGUUAUAUUAUAUAUCGUCCAAAAAAUAUGAUUCUCUUAAUUGUUACUCUCAGAUUUACAAUAUAUAUAUUUUAUUUCCCAUAUAAGGAAAGACUAUGAUGAUGUCACUGAGCCCAAGAUGGCUGCCGUUUCAUUACAUAGGUGGUAUUAAAAAGAUUAUAAAUAUUUUGUUUGUAGUCCAAUUUUGAUACUUUUUUCGUCUUUUUUUUCGUGUUUAUGUUUCAUCUAGUUGUUUCUGAUUAGAAAUGUUGCAGAAUGUUGAAUAUUUCAACUAGGGUUUUAAUUCCUAUGUAAACACAACUAUAGAUCGCUGAUCGAUAAGUCAUUCUCAUAUACCAGAGGUCUACUGCGGGUCCCUCGGGACUAUGUCGGACCCAUGAUGGAUGAGGAUAGAUAACGGUAUAUCUCCUGUAAAUUUCUUUUUAAUCUGUUGUUUGGAUUGCUUGAAAUAAACGGAAUAAUGUCUGUCUGAA